AUGAAAGAAAUCGCAGAGAAGGUGGCGACUUUAUUAGCUUUGACCACGGCACAAAGAUUGCAGACUCUGGAGUUAAUUAACAUUAAGAAUAUUGAAAAAUCAAGCUCAGCAGUAAGAAUAAAAAUUACGGAGCAAAUUAAGACGUCUAGACCGGGAGCAAUGCAACCAGAGUUAGUAUUACCGUUCUUUGAGAAGAAGCCUGGAUUGUGUGUAGCAUCGGCAGUAUUGGAGUACGUAGAGAUAACGAAAAAAUUAAGAGGAAAAGACACGGAAGAGUUAUUCGUUUCUACAAUGAAACCCUUUAAAGCAGUGUCAUCCCAAACAAUUGGACAUUGGGUAAAGUCGUUGCUCGGGAAGGCUGGUGUAGAUACCGAAAAGUUUACUGCAUACAGUACACGACACGCUGCGGUAUCAGCUGCGCACAAGCGCGGAAUGGACAUUUCAAUCAUAAGACGCAGCGCUGGUUGGACAGAAAGUUCGCAGACCUUUUUCAAGUUUUAUAAUAGACCGAUUGCGGCUUCGGAGGAACAGUUUGCCAAAGUUGUUUUAAAUUUAUAG